AUGAGUUUUCUGAAUGCGAAAAUUCAUGUUUCAAUUUUUAAUAAUUAUGUGGAUUUUUAUGAGGAGAACAAGUUUGAAAGUAUUGAAUCAAAUUCAUUAAAGAAAAAUAAUGAAUUAAAUAAUAAAAUUGAAAUGAAUGUAAACAAAAAUAAAGUAGAAACUAAAAAAAUAAAUGGAAAUAAUAUUUACAAAAAAGGUUUCAAGGCAGAAAAUAUAAAUAAAUAUAAUUUCAAAUGUGAUAAAAAAAAGAAAAAGAAUAUAAAUAAAAAAUCUUCCAUAAAAAUAAAUAAUAGAACUAAUAGAAUUUCAAAUUAUGAGGGAUGUAAUGUAGAAAAAAAAGGCCAAAUCACUUCAAUAAAAAAUGAUAUGGUUCCAAAUAAAAAAAAUAAAAUAAAUGAAGAACAUAACAUAAUAGAAUUUAAAAAAAAAAAAAAUAAUGAAAAAAUAAAUAACAAAUUUUUAAGUCAGAGAAAAAAAAAUUUAAGGAAUAUAUUUUUGAAUAGAAAAAGAUGUUACAAUUUAAUUUUUUUAAAAAAAAGUUUCAAAGUAAAAAAAAAUAAGAUAAUUAAAACAUAUAAAAACUCCAUAAAAGAAAAAUCAAAAAAUUUAAAUGUAAUUAAGUCUGAACAUAAUUUAAAUAAAUUAUCAGAUAAAUCUUAUAAAAUUAUAGAUAUAAAAUAUAGUGAUAUGAUAAAUGAAAAAGUAGAUAAAAGUAAAAUAAGUAAGAAUGAAAUAAAUAAUAAAAAUCAUGAUAAAUAUAAAAAAUUUCAAAAAAAUAACAAAAACAAAAAUAGUAAAAUUUAUAGGGAAAAUAAAAGUGAGGAAGAAAAAAAUAUUAUUUCAUUAGUAGAUAUGAAAAAAAAAUUUGUAAAUUGUAAUAAUUACAAAAAAAAAUAUAAAAAUGUUAGAAAUUUAAAUGAAACAUUAAAAAAAAAAAAUAUUUUAAAAAGAAAAAAAGAAUUUCAUAAUUUUGAUUUGAAUAAAGAUAAAAAUGAAAUAUUUAAUAAAGAGAAUGAAUUACUUGAUAAUUUAAACAUUAAAAAUGAAAAGAAAAAACCUGAUAUUCAUGAUAAUCAAAUUUUAAAAAAUACUGUGCUUCUAAAUAAGAAAGUAAUUUUAGCUAGAAAUGAAAAAACAAAAAGUAGCGAUAUUAAAAGAAAGAAUGAUUUUCAUUGUGAAAUGAAAAAGAAACCAAAACAAAAAAAUAAAAAUGAAAAAAUGAAGAUGAAUUAUACUGAUAACACAAAUAAAAAAGAAAGCAAUACUAUUGAAAAAACUAAUAUACAAGAUAAAAUAAGGAAAAAUCCUUUAGAUAAAUAUGAUAAAUCAGAAAUAAAAAAUGAAGAAAGUAAGGAAAAAGAAAAAAAUCUAAAUAAUUAUAAAAUUUAUAAUUUGAAUACUAACAAUUAUGUAUCAGGAGAAUUAACCAAUAAUAGAAAUAAUGAUACAUAUUUUGAAAGUAAACUGGAUUAUAUUAAAAUAUUAAGGCAAAAUAAAAAGAAGAAAUAUAUAAUUAAAAAAAGAGAGAAAAAUAUAAAUAAAAAUAAAUUGAAAAGUAAUAUUUACAAUUACAUCGAUUUUACUUCAAUUAAUAAAUUAAUUAGAAGUGCACCAGAUAAUAAAAAAUAUGGUUUUCAGAAUGAAACAAAAAAAAAGUGUCAUAAUAUAACGUUAAAAAGUUUACAUAAGCCAAAUUAUAAUAAUACUGAAACCAAUGAAGAUAAUAAAAAAAAAAAUGAUAAUAAUUUAAAUAAAAAUAAAGAUGAUGUAUAUAAAAAUAGAGAUAAAAUAAAUGAAAAUAAAGAAGAUAUAAAUGGUAAUAUAGAUAAUAUAAAUAAAAAUAUAAGUAAUACAAAUAAAAAUAUAUAUGAUGUAACUAAAAAUAUAGAUGAUGUUGAUAAAAGUGUAGAUAAUUUAAAUAAAAAUAAAGAAAAAAUAAUUGAAAAUAGAGAAGAUAUAAAUGAAAACGGAGAUAGCAUAAAUAACAAUAAAGAUAAUAUAAAUAAAAAUAAUGUUAAUAUAAAUGAGGAGGAAGUAAAAGAAAGUGGAGAAAAUAUAUAUAAAAAUAAAGACAAACAUAGCAUUAAUCACAUAAAUAAUAAUUUUGCAAACGUCCCUCUUGGAGAUAAUAACAAAAUUAUUAAUUACAAUAGCAACAUAAAAAAUAGCAAUAUUAAUAAUAAUGAUAUAAAUAAUAAAUUGGUUGAUAAAAUAUUUAACGUAUGCAAUGACAAUAAUAGUAAUAAAGUUGAUUUAUUUGAAAAAAAUAGCUUUUCAUCAAAAGAAAAUAAGAAUAGUAAGGAAUUAUAUAUUGCAAAAAAUUUUGGUUUAAAUUUAAAUGAAUACACCAUAUUAAAAGAAAUAAAAUCAAAACAAGAUAACGAAAUAAUUCAGUUAAAUUUAGACUCCUCUUUUUAUGCAUCGAAAGGAGCUGGCUUAUAUAACUAUGGUCAAAACAUAUGUUUUUUUAAUAGUAUUAUUCAAGCAAUUAUAAGAAUCCCAUAUAUUUGUAAAGAUUUACUAAAUAAGUUACAUUCAUUAAAUUGUGAAAAGAGAAAAAAAAGAAUCUUUUGUUUCUAUUGCUUGUUUGAACAAUUUGCUUGUAAUAUUAUAUCAAAAAGAAAUGUAAUAAAAAAUGUUUUAAUUCCAUAUAUUAAAAAGUAUAUUUGUAAUAGUUAUAAUAUUGGCUAUCAGGAGGAUGUACACGAAUAUUUAAGAUACUUUUUGUGCUCAUUAGAAAAAUCCUCCUUUUUUUCGUCUAUUUAUAUUCAAAAAAUGUUUACAGGAGUUACUAAGAACGUCACGAUAUGUAUGAAGUGCAAUAAUGUGUCUCUUAAGUAUGAACAGUAUUACGAAUUAUCUUUAGAUAUUAGUUCUUCUAAUAAUCUUGAAGGUGCUUUAAAAAAAUUUUUAUCAAAAGAAAUGCUAAUGGGAGAAAAUGGUUAUUAUUGUGAAAAAUGUAAAAAAAAGAAAAUGGCAUCAAAACAAUGUGUUAUAAAUAAAUUACCGAGAGUUUUAACUAUACAAAUUAAAAGAUUUUUUAUGAAUUCUAACUAUCACAUAGUAAAAAAUCACAAAAAUAUCUCUUAUCCAUUAUAUUUAGAUAUGAAAUAUUAUGUUAAUAACUAUGAUUUAUUUGAAAACAACUUCAACAAUAAUGUUAUAUCUUUAUAUGAAAAAAUGAUAUUAGAUAGUACAUCAAAAAAUAACUUAAACAAGAAUGAGACGAAUUUUAACAAUUUUAAGGAAAAUAAAAAUGGAAUAAAAUUUGAUGAUUUAAAUAGAAAUCAAAGUGAAAUAAAUUUUUAUAAUUUAAAUAAAAGCCAAACUUCUUUCAGAGACAAUAACAUAGAUAAAAGAAUAAUUUCAAAUAACACCAAAUUAAGAGGAGGUGAAGACAAUCAAAGCAUUCAUGUAUUAAAAGAAAUAGAAAAUAUUUUUACAGAUUUAAAAAGUGAAGUUUGUAAAAAAAAAAUAGAAAAAAAAUUAUCUGUUUCUAAUUUAAGAGAUAUAAUAAUAGAGAAAAGAAAACUCAUUAUAAAAGAAUUAAAAAAAAUUAGAUUCUCAAAAUUUUACAAAGAUGUUUCUACAAGAAUAUCCAAAGAUAUCGAUACACUUUAUUCCUACUUUACAAAUAAUUCUCAAAAUAAAAAUUUUAACAUAAAAACUUUAUUAUUUAAAUAUAAAAUAGAUUAUUAUGAGAAUCAAAAAAAUGAAGAAAUAUUUAUUAAAAAUGAAAAAAUAAAUUGCAUAAAAAGUAGUGAAAAAUGCAAUGAAAAAGAUGAAAAAAAUAAAAAAAAUUCAUUAAAUUAUGUAAAUAAUUAUUUUUAUUAUGAAUUAACAGGUUUAAUUAAACAUAUAGGAUCAGGAACAGAAUAUGGGCAUUACAUUGCCUUAACAAAAUUAAAUAAUAAUAUUUAUUUACAAUGUGAUGAUAAUGAUGUUUCGUAUAUUAAUGAAAAGGAUAUACUUAGCUGUGUUAAAAAUGCAUAUGUUUUUAUAUAUACAUGUAUUAAUCCACGUUUUAUUGAUUUUUAUAAUAAGUAUGUAGAUGUUUUAGAGAAAAAAAACUUUGAUAUGAAUUUACCUGUAUUCGAAAAGAAUGUUGAAUUUAAAGAAAGGAUAACUAUGCCUAAACACAAAUUUAUAAGCAAAUCAUUAUAUUAUUAA